AUGCCCCGAGCGCCCACGUCCUCCACGAUCUCCACACCCACACCCACCGCACCAGCACCCAUGUCGUCCGCCCCGAACCCGAGCUUGCCCCCGCCAGACAAGUAUCGUGGCGCCGUCAUCGAGGACCUCCAGCUGCCGCCCGCGUUCGCGCUCCCGCAGGACGAGGGCAUUCUCGCGCAAUCGAGCUCGUGUACGAACUGGAGGAUGAACAGACAAGUGCACUGGCGCCGCUGA